AUGGAACGCAACUUCUCGGUGGACGACGUGGUGGGGGAGAUAUGGCGCUACGGCGCCGCGGGCCUGGGCCGCACCGAGUCUGCAGACGCCGUGCAGCACCUGCUGAAGCAGGUCCCCUCGGCGUCCAAUCUGCAGAAUGUGCAGCCGGGAGAGGGCCAGGGGAACGGCUGCGUGGCCAACGGGGGGGGCCCGGGGGCCUCCGCGCCGGCACCGGCGUCCGGGGAUGCGGGCGGCGUGCCGCGAGUGGCGUCGCUGGAUUUUCUGCGGCAGUUCAUGGUGCCCGGGCAGGGCGGCCUGGGCGGCGGCGUGGCGUCCGGGGAGGCGCCCACGGGCACCGCGACGUCCGGCGCAGUGGACAUAGCCGGCGGGUCCCAAAUCGUGACGCCCAACUCGAUCAACCCCGCCCUCCAGCCUGACCUCAGCGCUCUCUCUGCGGCCACCGCCCAGCAGCAGCUCACGGCGGCGCUGUCGGGGCUGUCCGGCCUGCAGCCCGGCACCGCGCUGAUGAACCCGCUGGCCGCGGCGGGCCUGAACCCCGUGGCGGCGGCGGCGCUGCAGCUGCAGCAGCUGGGCCAACUGGGCAAGCCGGUGGACAAGGAGGAACAGGAGAAGGCGGAGGAGCGCAGGGCGCGCAGGAUGCUCUCCAACAGAGAAUCUGCCAGGAGGUCACGGAGGAGAAAGCAGGAGCACCUGAAGGCUCUUGAAUCAGAGAUGACUUUGCUUGCCGAUGAGAAGCAGCAAUGGGGUGCUGUUCGAGAACUCCUUGAGGCACGCUGCCAUUCAGCAGAGGAUGCUGCCAGGAAGUUGAGAGAAGAAAACGAGAUCCUCCGGCAGAAACUUCAGCUUAUGCAGCAUGAGAUAGAACUCAUAAAGUGCGAGCAGCCUCACACCGCUGAAGCUGUCUACCAGGACACGCCCCACAGCGCCCUCGUCCCAAAGGAGGAACCCGUGGAGCACCCUGUCGCGGUUGUCACAGGAGCCUUUGAAGCUACGUUGCUUGCCCAGGGCGCCCCAGUCGCAGGUGAUCCUGCGAUCGACGCACUUCACCAGGGCUAUGCUGCCGCCGUUGAGCACGCCGUUGCUGAGGGGACUGCCGUUUUGCCGGACACGUCCAUGGCAGCUGCCACCGCCCCUGCAGUGGGUGCAGAGAUGCCAGUUGGGGUGCCUCCUGUGCUGGAUACGAGUGGAGCAGGGCAGGAAGCUGGGGCCCAGCUCGGAGCUCUGGUGGACGGCCCUGAUGGUGGUGGCGUGAUGGCUGCGGCCACCGACGUUGCCCCUGCCCAGCUGCCAUUCGACUCGCGUGGAUUUGGGAGCGCCGUGUACGACAUCAACGUGCAGGAAUGCUUGGAAGGGGCCGAAGAUCCGAUCGGUCAGGAGUGCAGACUGGCUGAGGGCCGUGGUGAGACAGCAGUGGAGGUGGCAGUGGGGGCAGUUGCUGGGGUGCAGAGUGACGCUCUGGGACUGGAUGUGAACCAAACCCCUGCUGCGCCUGCUGGGCAGUCUGCAGAGCCUGAUGGCAGCACAGGUGGCGAGGGAGAUAAAGAGGAGGCUGAUGGUGAGGAGGGGAAUCCCAGCCCCAAGAGGCGGAAGACAGAGGGCUGCAGCGAUUCGUGA